AUGAUUUUCUUAGAUAAGCAUAAGAGGAAGACAUUGGCUCCCUUGACCAGGGAUUAUACUAUCCAUUUGCACAAGAUGGUUCAUCGCGUUACUUUUAAGAGAAAGGCACCCACAGCUGUCAAGAAGAUAAAGGAAUUUGCAUCAAGAGCCAUGAAAACAAAGGAUGUCCGUCUUGAUACAAGAUUGAAUGAAUUUUUGUGGUCAAAUGGUAUCAAAAAUCUCCCAAGAAGAGUUAGGGUUAGGGUUUCCAGGAGACGUAAUGACGACGAGGAUGCCAAGGAACCAAUGUAUACUCUCGUUCAGCACAUUCCAGUAGAUGACUUUUCAGGACUCCAAACUGAAGUUGUAGCUAACGAAUAA